AUGAAUGUAAGUAACUUUGGGGAUGCAUUUAAAAACUCCUCCAAAUCAUUGUUAUUUGGCCCAGGCACAACGCAAUUUAGAUGGGACUUAAAGCAAACACUUUCGCUUCAACUCACCAUUGGUGCAACAGCCGUUGCUUGUCCAUGGAUCAUAUUUCUAAACAUUUUGGUGAUCUUAGCAAUCAAGAAAGUAAGAGAGCUACAGAAAAACUCCAAUAUUCUGAUUACUAAUUUGGCCGUGACUGAUCUUUUAGUUGGAGCAGUUUCUAUGCCUCUUUCAAUCACUGUGGAUGCCCUGAUUCUUCAAGGAACUGUAUCACAUAGCACUAUUUAUCUGUUGAGUGAAAUUGGUGUCUCUGUACUGAUCACUUUAUAUACUAUCUCCUAUCGUCAUUUAUUGCUGAUAGCUUGGGAGAGGUAUGUGGCGAUAGUUAAAUGGACAGAGUACAAAGCGUUAGUCACAAAAGGACGGAUGAAGAAGUAUACUCUAAUCGUCUGGAUGGAGAGUGUUACAUACAUGGCCUUACAUCAAGCAUUAGUUUUGGGUAAAAUUCCUCCCGAGGUUCUACUUGUGGUGGAUCUUGCGAUUAACCUCAGCUAUCUCACUGAAACGUUACCGUUGUUAUAUUUUUAUGGCAUGAUUUAUAUCGUUGUACGGAGACAAAACAGAUGUCAAAUCAGCCAAUUGAGUGCUCUGAUUAAAGCAAAAAGGGAAAGGAAACUUGCGUUCACUGCAUUUCUGCUGUUAAUAGCCGCUUUCAUCUGCAGUGUUCCGAUACUAGUAGUCAUGACCUCGGCAUCAUACUCACCAGUUUUUCGCACGUAUUCGGCCUUACGAUGGGUAUAUAUUGUGGUUCAAAUAAACUCUCUCGCGAAUCCCUUCCUCUAUUUCUACAGAAACAAACGUUACAGGAAAGCUCUGCUACAAAUAAUAGGAUUAACCAAGCCAAGGGCUCACAUCAUCAUGAAAGGUUGA